AUGGGCUCAAAAGACAAAGAUAGUUUGAAAUUAAAAUAUAAAAUAUUAAGCACAUCAUCCAGUGAUAAAGACCAUGAUGUUACGAAUCUACUAAAAAACACAGGUGGGGAAAUUUAUAAACCAUGGCUAAGCGAAAAAAAUUGUAUAUACCCGCAGGAAAUUAUUUUACAAAUCAAAUCAUCCAAAAUAAAAUAUUUAGAAUUUUUGUCUCAUGAAUAUAGCAUUAGCAAGAAAAUUGAAAUUUUUGUGUCAAGCGAUAAUAAGGAUUACUUGAAAGCUGGUUUCUUCAGAUUUAAUGACAACACUUCAACAAGCUAUUGUGCCAGAGAACUGAAAUAUGUAUAUUUACCAUGCACCAUUAAAUGUACGUUUAUCAAAUUAAAACUUUAUAAUCCAUAUAGUAACUAUUUAAACACUCAUGCACAAGUUGGGCUGUACUACAUCAAUAUUAUUCCUGAAGAAAUACCAUUGAAAAUUAUGUCUGAAAUAACUCCUGCAUUUCUUAAGCUAACAUCUUUAGCGUAUAACAGAAAUGAAGACUAUAAUGAUAAUAUGGUAAAUAUUAAAAAAGCACUGUUAAGAAAAAAAGGGGGAAAUGUACACAGAUCCAACAUCACCGAUAAUAAUGUUGUAGACAAAUUUUCAGAUGGAGAAACUCACCGGGGAAGUUUCAGAAGGUCGUAUUCUAAAAGUGAUAAAAAUAAAAUCAAUUGUUUAUAUGAAAAAUUAGAGAAUAAAAUAAAGUGCUUCGAAAAAUUAAAAGGAGAAUGUGUGGCAAAAGAAGAGUACAACGUGGCAAGUGAACUUAAAAAAAUUGUAAAUCUUUUUAUUUUUUUAAAAAAUGUAAUCACGUUUUUAAAAGAAAAAAAAAAGAAGUACGUUAAAGAAGAAAAUUAUGGAAAAGCUAAAAGGCUAAAGGAGAAAGAAGUAAAGAUAAAAAUUAUAAUCAAAAAUAUAGAAGAAUUAAAAAUUGUAGAUGACUGUUCCAGAAAAUGGUACUAUGAAUGGCUAUCUCUCUACUACAAAGAACUCGAAUUUUAUGAAAAAGAGAUAAAUAAAAUUAUGUCUAGUGAAAAUAUAAAAAUUAUAAAAAAAAAAUCCGGGCUUCUUGAUCAGUGCAAUGCUAAAAAUUAUAACGGUCUAGAUUUAAACAGUGUUCUUCUAUUCAUCUGUAGUGAUGAUGAAAAGAAAAGAGAAUUGGGCUUUGACUUAUCCUACAAACCAUUCGAAGAUCAUGGUAAAAGAAAUAAAAAUUUUUGGCAUAAUAAUAUAGAACCCUUGUGCUUAAUUAUUAAAAGAGGAAUAUCAGAUCCAUGUUACAACAUAUUUAUAAAAAGUGUUGUCACUUUGGAAAAAAUGCUAAUUUUGUUCCAAGAUUAUUUUGUUAAAGUGGACAACAUAGAUGCUGAUAAGUCUAAUAGCAAAACUGCAGAAUACAUAAAAUGCAUAAUUUCAGCACUUUUGAAACGUCUAGAUGAUUCUAACCUUGACGUUGUAGAUAUCUGUAUAAAAACAAUAAUGAUGAUGCUACAUAACAAUUUCAUUUCUUUCAAAAGUGUCUUCUCAACCAUAUUAUCAAUGUUGUUUUACCUAUUCUCUGGAGACACAACGUCCCAAAUAAAUGAAAAAAUAAUUGUUAGCUUAAUGAGUUUUUACUACUCCCUGAUAAAUAAAUAUUACGCAUCUGUGAAAAAUGACAUUAAUUUGAAGAAGGUUCUAGAAAUUAUAUCCAUCUUUCUGGAAGUAGAUGUUGAACCCAUUAAACAAACAUCCUUGGACUUUUUUGUAAAUAUAUACAACAGGGUAGAAAAUAAAAAUGAACUGUUUGAAGAAUUUUUAUUAAACCUUUCAUUUGAUACCAAAAAUCUUAUAAUAAAUCGCGUAAAUCAAGAAGAAAAGGAAAAAAUGAAAAUGUCAAUGAAGGACAAUAAUGAAAAAAAAGAAAUUGAAAGUGAGACACCAGAAAAAAGUUGUAUGUUUAUAAAUAAUGAUGAAUUAUUAAAUAAGAAUUACACCAAUAAUAGAUAUCUGAAAACGCAAGACAUUACUCCAUGUGAAAACAAUAUCAAAAGGGUUGAUGAAACAGGCGACAUUAAAGACAAUGUUAUGGAGAGUAACAAAAGGGAAUAUUACUCUACUUUAGUGAAAAAUACUAAUGACAAUAAACAAACAUAUAGAUGUUCAAAAUUAGCAACAGUGGAAAAUAGCGAUUUAAAAAAGGAAACAUGCCCUAGUGAAAUUAAAGAGCUUGAGGAGAAAACUGAGGAUAAGCAAAAUGAAGAAAGUGAAAAACCGCAAUAUAUUGAUUCAAUCCCGGGCAAAGAAACCAAAACGGAUUUCAUACCUUUAAGCGGUUUACAUAAAAAGCAUAGUAUUGGUGAACACGCAAAACACGAAAGCAUUUCAAAAGGGGAACAAAAUAAUAUUGUAAAAAAGGAAAAGGGAAUGGAUCAAGGAGAAUAUGUCGAAGAUUCGACAAAGACUGACGAGAACAAUGAAGCUGAUGUUCCCGCUUUCACAUGUAAAUAUUGCUUUAAGACAGAUGAAUCUUUCACAGAAAUAGGUUUAGAAAAGCAUUGGAUUAAAAAAUGUCCUAUGCUGUGUACCUGUCCAAAUUGUUUUUUAAUCGUUGAAUUAGUUGUCAUUCAUGAUCACUUUUUAUCCGAGUGUUCACAUAGUUAUAUGUAUGAUACGUGUGAAUACUGCAAUAAAAUUGUAAAGAAGAAUUUAUUAGAUUCUCAUGUAAUGAGUGAAUGUAGUGGUAAAAAAACUGAAUUUCUUUCUUGUUAUUAUUGUUCACUUUGCAUUGAAUCUUUUGAAAUAGAUAAAUGGAGAGCUCAUUUUCUAUCAUGUUCUAAAAAUCCUAGACUGAAGUAA